AUGCUAAGAUCGGAGAAGAAAAAAAUGGGUUCAAAGAAACCAUCACAUACUCUUGCUCUUCUCUUAUCUCUUCUCAUUCUGAUCAUUUUAACUCUUUCUUCUCAAGUUAUAAUUGUCGAAGCUACAAGUCGCAUACUCGCAAACGGAAACCCCAUCAUAAGGACUCCACCAUCAAAGUCAUGUGGAGCUUUGACCGCAUCUUGGAGUAAGUAUCGUCGACCCUGUAAACGUCCUCUUCCAAGGACUCCAUGAACUGCUCCUGCUUCUUACAACUCUCCAUAAUUAUUUAGACCACAAGACACAUUUUUAUUUCUUUUUGUUUUGGAAUUUUCGGUGGUUAUGUGACAAAAUAUAAUAAAGUGUAUGGUUCUCUGAUUGUGUUUCCCUUCUGAACGUCUAAAUUAGUAUAUACCAUACAUUGAUCAAAUAUACAACUACAAGGAUAACUAUA